CUCGGAGGGGACCCGUCAUCAUUCAGUGCUUUCCCACUGGAGGCACCUGCAUGGUUUGAAAUCUCCCUCUCUCUCUCUCUCGCUGUUCCACUGUCUUACAGUUCCUGUUCGUGUGUGAUUCAAAAGUGAAGAACAUAAGGAAAUGAAUCUUGGAAAAGGUGGGAAGACACAGGAUUUCCUCAAGGUUUAAAAACCUAAGGAUCUGUUGUUGCGGCUCAGUCGCUCAACAAGUUCGCCUUCGCAGUUGGUUUUUCACUAAUGCAAAAGUAGGAGCUGCUCGCCGUUUCCUCCUGCUAGUUUACCUCUCGGGGUGAAGGAGAGCUGCUGACCCGUUGGAACGUUUUGUGAAUGUGAACAGGUUAUCUCCCAGCAUGGCACCUUUGCUGACUCUUCUCAUGCUCCUGUGUGCCGUCAGAGGCGCUUUGCUUUAUCAUCCCAUCUGGAAACCCAUGUGGCCAGCGUCCAAAGUGCCAGUGGUAUUGCCUCAGCUGACCGAAGAUUUAGAUGCCCCAGAGUUCACUGCUGAGGCCAAGCUUGAAGUAACAUCUCCAUGCGGCCCCGAAUGUCACAAGAGGGCAUUAGUGCCCAGCUACGAGGAGCUGAAAGAGCGCCUCUCCUAUGAGACUCUGUACUUCAACGGGAGCUUGACCCAGACCAACGUUGGCAUCUACGGCCUGAACGUGGCAGAGCUGGCUAGGACCCAGGAAACCAAAGGGAGGUCAAGGGCUAAGAGGCAAAUAUACGGCUAUGACAGCAGGUUUAGCAUUUUUGGGAAGGACUUCUUGUUAAACUACCCAUUCUCCACCUCUGUUAAGGUCUCAACAGGUUGCACAGGGACUCUAGUGGCCGAAAGGCAUGUCCUGACAGCUGCCCACUGCGUUCACGACGGGAAGAGCUAUGUCAAGGGGGCCAAGAAGCUGAAGGUGGGCUUCCUGAAGCCAAGACAGAAAGAGGAGAGCAGCAACCAGACAAGGUCCCACCUCUCUGAGAAGAUGAAGUUCCAGUGGAUUCGGGUGAAGCGCACCCACGUCCCCAAGGGGUGGAUCAAGGGAAACGCCAAUGACAUCGGCAUGGAUUAUGACUAUGCCUUGCUCGAGCUCAAAAAGCCCCACAAGCGACGCUACAUGAAGAUCGGAGUGAGUCCAACGGCUAAACAGCUGCCCGCAGGGAGGAUCCAUUUCUCAGGCUACGAUAAUGACCGCUGGGGGAAUCUGGUCUACCGUUUUUGUAAGGUACAGGAAGAAACCUACGAUCUCCUGUAUCAACAAUGCGAUGCCCAGCCUGGGGCAAGCGGCUCCGGUGUCUAUGUGCGCAUGUGGAAGAGGGAGCACCGACGCUGGGAGCGCAGAAUAAUCGGCAUCUUCUCAGGGCACCAGUGGGUGGAGCGUGACGGCAUGCCUCAGGAUUUCAAUGUGGCGGUUCGCAUCACCCCCCUGAAAUACGCACAGAUCUGUUACUGGAUAAAGGGCAAUUACGCGGACUGCCGGGAUGGAUAAAAUGAUAUACAUAAAUGAAACAAAUACAUGAAUACAGCUAUGGCCAAAAGUUUUGCAUCACCUAGAAUUAUAGGAUUGAGACAAUAUAUAUAUAUAUAUAUAUAUAUAUAUA